AUGUGUGGCUUACAGGUGAGCAGCAGGUGUACAGAAGCAGAAGGAAAUAGGUUUUUAUUUUCUAUUGAUUUCGAGGAUUUGUUCUACUCUGUACCGCAUACAGAGCUGUUUAAGUCUGUCCGAGAGUGCAUUGAGUGUAAUGGAACUGUUGCAUUUCAAAAUUCUGUGGGCAUUAGUGUGGACAAGUUUAUGUCGCUCCUCGAGUUUUACCUUCGGGCGACGGUUGUUUCCUUUGACUCAGGCUUGUUUGUUCAAAAGAAAGGGAUAUGCAUUGGAUCUUGCGUUGCCCCUGUGCUGUGUAAUAUUUUUUUAUCUUCCAUUGACCGGGAUUUAGAAUCCACGUUUGACAAAGGCACUGUCCUGCAAAUUUUUAGAUACGUGGAUGACUUUUUGGUAGUUUUAGCAGCUGAUUUUAAUCUGACUUAUGACAACACCGUACAAAGCGUAUUAUGCUACUUUAAAAACCUAGGGAAAGGCCUGAGUUUUACGCAUGAGGUGCCGCUGAACAAUAGCCUCCAAUUUUUAGACAUAAACAUUAGAUGUUGUGAUGGAAACGUGUGUUGGAUGUAUUCGCCAAGAGCAAAGAAAGAGCUGUUACCGUAUAACUCUUCACACUCUAAAACGGUAAAGAGGGCCAUCGGUUCUCUUUGCCUUGAAUCUGCCCUGACAAAGUCAUGUGAGCACAUGCUUGAGACGAGCUUCACCGCCCAGAUAGAGAGACUAAAAAACGCUGGCUUUCCCAGUUCUGUUUUGUCAGCUGUUGCUGAAACGUUACUACAAAAAAUGAAAGGAAAAAAGAAAACCAAACAGACAGGUCCAGAGCAGAGGAUACCACAGGUGUUGCCCUAUACGCACCGUGUAGCGCAUGGCUUGAAAAAAGUGGCGUUCAGGUUUGGAGUGUCCGUGGUAUUUUCCGCACCAAGGAAAUUGGGUGGUUUGUGUGCACGCAUCGGGAAAAAGAAGAAGUUUCAGUGUGAGGCGAAGCAUGGGAAGGUUUUUGUGAAGUGUGUUGUUGGCGUGGUGUAUGCAAUUCCAUUGACGUGCGGGAUGUUAUACAUAGGCCAAACAGGGCGUUGUGUGAUUAGGGCCUGGGAACAUUUUAAAUCACUUGAGAAAGGCACAGGCUCCAAUCUAGCCCUUCAUUGUAAACAGUGCAAUUGUAAGCCACUGCUGAACGAAAUCAAGAUUUUAGGCAAAAGCCAUGAAAAAUUGGCACGGGAAAUUUUGGAAGCUUUUCAUAUUGCAAAGAGUGGUGAAGCAUGCUGCAGCGAUAGC